GUUGACUUCCACCCGGUGCUUCAUGCUUACAUGAAUGUUUCACUUAUCUCCGAGUAUAUACCAAUACAACUGAUAUACAGAUGCAGUGACAGCAUAGCUGUCCCCAGGAGACUCACAUAAAGGCCUGAGUGAAGGGAAAGGACACUGAAGCCAUCACAGUGAGUCACUAUUUCCAUCUUGAAGAGUCGAAAUGGCUUCCUCACAAAUCCGCCUGAAGAUCCUUCCCAGUGUACGCUGUCUCUAUGAUAAACUGGUGCAGGUCAAAGUCGAGGGACUCGCUCCUCACAAACAAGUUCAACUCAGCUCCAAACUAGUUGAUGACAGAGGGGUGAUUUUCAAGGCUUCUGCUCUGUACAAAGCAGAUGAAACUGGCCAGGUGGACGUCUGCCGCACGCCCUCUCUGGGAGGAAGUUACACCGGCGUGGAGCCCAUGGGCUUGUUUUGGGCCCUGGCACCGGAGAAGCCACACAGUAAAUUCUUGAAAAAGAAUGUGCUCAGCCCGACGGCGGUGGAGAUAAAAGCCAUGUGUAGAGAGACUGGUGAGGAGUUAGCAUCUGAAACCAACGAGAGAGGGUACAUGACAGAAGGGAUGAAGAGAAUACCUGUGCAAGAGGGAAGAAUACGAGGAGUCCUCUUCAUACCACCAGGAGAGGGUCCAUUCCCAGGAAUUGUGGAUUUGUACACAUUUGGUGGACGUCUCACAGAGGCCAGAGCCAGCCUCUUGGCAAACAAAGGUUUUGUUUGUCUGGCACUGGCUUAUUUCGGCUAUGAGGAUUUACCAAAAAACCCUAAAAAGUUGGAUUUGGAGUACUUUGAAGAGGCAGUUACAUAUCUGAGGAGACGGCCUGAGGUCAAAGGUCCUGGAGUUGGCAUCAUAUCGAUAUCUCACAGUGGCGGUUUGGCUUUGUCCAUGUCAUCUUUCCUCUCUGGGAUCUCAGCAGCCGUCUGUAUUAACACCUGCAAUGCAAAUACUGUGAUUCCUUUGCACUACAAAGACAUGGUUCUACCUCCACUUCCCCCUGUCAUAUGGAAACUUAGAAUCACACGUUAUGGGCUUUUAAAUAUACGCAAUUGCUUAUCUGACCCCUCCUUGGAAAAGAACAGAGCGUCAUUGAUUCCAAUUGAACGUGCCAGCUGCCAGUUCCUGUUUGCCGUUUCUGAAGACGACUACAACUGGAACAGCCCAUUAUAUGCUGAGCAGGCUACUGCAACGCUGAGAAAACAUGGCAAGAAGUCUUUUGAGGUGGUGACAUACCCCAAAGCUGGACACUUUUUGGAAGUCCCUCACAUGCCUUAUUGUCCAUCUGCGUUUCAUGCAGCAGUCGGGAGGGAAGUGGUGUUUGGUGGGGAGCCAAAAGCCCACGCUGAGGCUCAGCUGGACCUGUGGGAAAGAGUCCAGGAGUUCUUCAAGAGCCACUUGCACUGAAGAGCAAGGCAGCAUGCACAAUACCAGCAACCUGGACCUGAUGCAUCUAAAGGUAAACAUGGUUCCCAACCUGUUUCCUUAAGGGACUCAAAUUCAAAUCAGCCUAACUGGCAUGAAUGUUUGUCACAUUGUUGCCAAAGCAAGUAACAUAUUCAAUUAUCUAUAUUUAUUCUAAUUAAUUAUAAGACUCGUUAUCUAUCAUUGAGAAAUUUGACUACAUUUGAUUAAGUAACAUAUUCCGUGGAUGUUUCAUUAUAUAUUCAUAACAAGAAUACUUCUACUUAACAGGCACUCCUUUUUGUGACAAUCUAAGUGGACUUUUUCUGCUUGGUGAUUGUUUUAACUGUGAACUUUUUCUCUGUUUUUUUUUGUGUUUGUUUUGCUUUUAUUGAUAGGACAGCUGAAGAUGGAUAGGAAAGGUGAGAGAGAAGGGGGGUGACAUGCAGCACAGGGUCAAGCAGAUGCAAAGGACUUAGCCUACAUUGGGUGCACACUCUACCAGGUGAGCAAGAGGUCGCCCCGAACUGCAGUGGAGACUAAAGGCUCAGUGAACAAAGCUUUUGUUCAGUCCUUCACUGUGCCUUUAUCCUCCAAGUUUUUGUUCUUUUUUAAGUUUAAAUCUUGAAAAAAACUUGAUAUUGGCUUACUGAGAUAUUGGCUUACUGUAUAGUUUAAAAAAAUCUUACACCCCUUAAAAUUAAGAGGGCUUUACAAUGAGGCUUAUAGCAAUCCCCAGGCUGGGAGCCAAUGAUAUAACCAUCAUUACUGUUAUUAAUUACAGCUGUGCUUUUCCUAAUAAUGGCAUGACAACAUAUCUGCUGUGAGCACAGCGUUCAGUACUUGUUGCCUGUGUAUUUAAUGCAGUAUUUUCAGAAACUGUGAUUACUUAUUGUGUGGUUCAAAAAGGAUUGAUAAUUUAAUAUUUUAUUGACUUUGAGUAGUGAUUUAUUGUGUUACUGUUCUGCAUUGAACACAUGUUUUUACAUGUGAUUCUACAUAAUUUUGCAGUAUCGUAUAUAUAUAUAGACUUUGGAAAAAAUCUUAAUAAUAUGAGUAGAUUUGCCCAGCUCUUGGUAUGAGAGUGAAACUUGAUUUGAACUGCAGAAAAUACUGUAGAAAAUAUGAUUUUGUUAUUUUACAACAUAUUGCUGCUGUUGGAAAACUAGAAAAAAAGAAACAGUUUAGAUGAUUUUAAGCAAAAAGUUAAAAUGUUGUUUUAUGUUGUUUUCAGUCUUACACUGAGCCGAUCAGCAAUUGCAUCAUCUCACGUUUCAAACUGUAAUAAUACCCCCUCUCACACUAAUCAGUGCCAUUAUGAUACAAUUAAGUGCAGCAGUGAAGUUCAUUAUUCCAGAAUUAACUCCAUGAAUGUAAAUCAUCAUUUGUGUAAAUGUUGGCAUCUAGUGGCAGCUCGGCCUUCCUACAUUUAUCUCUGAUGCCUCUCACACAUAAUGUGAGCUAUGUUUGGCUCCGCACGAUAUAAUGUGAAACAGAUCGUGAUGACAGAUUGUGAAACAAUGGCAUUAAAUCAACAUUAAUCCCACUGUUGUGGUUUUUAUACCCAUGUUAGAGUUCACAAGCUUGGAAUUUCUACAUGAAGGGCUGUUGUCUGUUUCAAAGGGAAGUGGAUUUACUUUGAUGAUGUAAACUUUUCUCUCAGGUAUUUUAUUAACAACGUAGCUCAUAUCAAAGAAGUGCGUCUGAUUGUGAAGUCAGAGACAAAGACACUGAUUUAUCUCUCCACCUAUAUGAACAGUGUUUACAGGAGCUGACGCGGAAAUACAUGACAUCUUUUUGGAUCAUGCAAUAUCAGACGUCUGUGUUUUGCUUAUUUCAGAAAUAUGCAUGCUUUAUUUUUUAUUUAUUUUCUGCUUCAUUUUGUUUUCAGAGGGAAUUCACGUGCUGCUCCAGAAAGGUUUAUAUUGAAAUGUAUUAAUAAGUAAUGCGUAAACAUUGAUUUUGAGCUGUUUCUCCACAGUGGUUUUUAUAUAAGCAGCUCCUCAGGGGUCCGUUGCUCUGUUAGGGACUGUACUUUAUUAUCAGAGUAGAGAGGUGGUUGGGGAGUGACUUUGUUUUUCUUUCUUUUUAUUUAUAUCAAGGAGCUACAGAUGUUUUUCCUUUAGCCUCCCUGAGUAACUGAGGGAAAAUGCAUGACCCUCUCUUUACAUAUAUAACCAUAUUUACCCGUUUCUGCCCAUAAACGGUGCAUUUUUGAAGCCUACUUGCAUGCUUUGGGGUUCUGAAGAUAUUUGAAGUAAAUACAAAAUACAACCAUUAAAGGUUUAACGUCCCUCCCCCUAAGCCAAAUCAAAAAACAUAAGCUUCUCCCCAGUGCUUAAAAAAUGAUCUUAAGUGCUUCCCCCGUUUUGCAGCAGCCCCUCUUCUCUUAUAACCAACAGUCUCCUACACAAAGGAACCUACAAAUGGAUUCACUUCUAGUAAUUAAGACAUAAAUAGAAUACUGUUUUGUUGUACUGAGGUAUGCCCUCUCCUGUUUUGGUAUUUUCAUCAAACCAAAGAGGAAUGUCACAAGCGGCUGUGA